AUGACAGACACCAAACUAAACAAGGACGAAUCGGAGUGGAGGGCCAUUUUGACGCCUGCCCAAUUUGCUGUGCUCAGAGAAAAGGCGACGGAGAGACCGAACACGGGUGAGUACAACCAUUUUGCAAAAGAGGGGGUGUACGACUGCGCCGGGUGUGGUCAGCCAUUGUACCGGUCGACAACGAAGUUCGACUCGGGAUGUGGCUGGCCAGCGUUCUACGAGGGCCUUCCUGGCGCCAUAAAGACGGAGACAGACUCGAGCAUGGGCAGAGUCCGGACAGAGAUUAUGUGCAGCAAUUGCGGCGGCCACUUGGGCCAUGUGUUCAAGGGGGAGGGGUUUAAGACUCCGACGGACGAGAGACACUGCGUCAACUCCAUCAGUCUCAAGUUCAAGGAGAAAUAA